UUAAUGCCAAUGUGAUGAAACACAGAGUAGUCAUUCUAAUUUGAAACUUAGCUUCAUUGCUUUUAUAAGCUAGCAGUUCUACUAAACAGUGUCUAAUAAUUCCACCCAAAAUGCAAAUAUUACACAGCAAAAACUCUUUGUUGUUCUUUAUUUUCCAGAGAAGGUCAGCCUCUUAAAAAACCUUUGAAUAUCCGCCUGUUUAACAAUAAUAUUUGAGAGAUUUUAACUUUGUUUGUGCCAUAUUUAAGAGCUAGUUUAACAAACGUACCUGAUAUUUCCCAUAUAAAUCCCACUGACGCCAAUAUGAUUAAAUGUUCCCUACUGUGAGUAAUUGUAGAGACAAAAAAUAAAUACCUUAAGGUGAUUAAUUCAAUGUAUUUUGAGCCACAGCCUCAGUAUAUGUAUUAACCUUACCCAAAGAACCUAAAUGUGCUGCUAAUUGUCCUUUUUUUAAAGUACGGUAGCCAAUAUCUGCCAGUGUGAUGAAACCAAAAAUCCUGUAGAUCGUUACUACUUUAUAAAAACAAUGAUUUAUGGCCAUUUUUUCCAGACUUAACGUGAAUAUAAAGCUGCAAAAACUGUAUACUUAUUACUAAAAUGCACUUUGUUUUUCAACUUUUUCCACAUUUCAGUGUCUUUUCGAUGACGUCUGCUCAUGUAGAGGACCUUCGUGUUUCUGUUGAAUGCUCAGGAGCUACAGACACACCUGGAUACUGAUCAGAUAACUGGCUGUAAAGCAGAUAAAGUGAGGUAACGUCUGGGUGUUCCCAGCAGGGGGUAAAGUCUGCGGACUGUGGACCUGGAGAUCCAGCUUCUGAUGGAGGACGCUGCUCAUGUCCUGUAGUGCUUCCUUCGCUGUGGACUCUUUGUAAACUGACCGUAGAUCAGCAGCCGCCAUGACACCGUCACUCACCACGCUGCUGCUGGUGGCGAUGACAUCACUGAUGACCUCACUGAUGGCGUCGCUCCCCGCGCUGGCGGUGGAUCCGGAGACGUGUUACUCGAGGCAGCACCAGAGCGCCAUCGUGAACGUGAGGCAGGCGCUGACCAUGCCCAGCACGGCCAUGGACGCCCGGGCCGUGACCUCGGAGACAGACUGCAUCCUCGCUUGCUGCUCCGAGGAGGUGAAGCCAGGAGCUAAAUGCAACAUGGCCGUGUUUAACGGCAACAAGCCCGCCGGAGAGGAUAACUGCUUCCUGUUUCACUGCGAGGCGGAGCAGGACUGUCCUCUGAUGAAGGCGCAGGACAACAUCAACACCUACGACAUCUACAAAGGUUUGAUUCAUCCAACCACGCUGAGACCUUCGACCACAACCACCACCACCACUGAACCAACCACCACCAGCACCACUACCACCACACCGGCACCCACUACACCACCAACCACUCAACCCACCACAACAACAACAAAGGCACCACCAACCACCACCACCACUUUGGCGGCAACAACAACUACCACGACAACAACACCUCCUCCACCCUUCAUCAUCCUCGCCACCAUGGCCCCGGUUCCUCCAGAACCAAACCCCACCACCACCACCACCACCACCACAACCUCUCCCACUACAACCACCACUAUCACCCCCAUAAAGAAGCCGAAUAAACCCAGUAAAAAACUGAAACCCGCCAAGAAACUGAGGCCUCAUCCUGCCAUCACCGCCCGCCCGCCGCAGAGCUCCACCACGACACCUCCUGUUGUAAAGACCACCACAGAGGCUAUAGCAAGAACUACUGAAACCACAACUCCCACUACCACUACCACGACUACAACUCCCACUACCACGACUACAACUCCCACUACAACUCCCACUACCACGACUACAACUCCCACUACCACGACUACAACAACAACCACAACAACAACAGCUAUUCCAACAACUACUACGACCACAGUUCCCCCGACCACAACAACCACAACUUCCUGCAAUUCUUCUCCUCCCACCACAACCACCACCACCACAACCAGUCCCACGACCACACCCCUGCCCUCCACCACGCGGUCGACUCUGCCGGCGAGUCUUGUGGUCGUCCCGAAAGACACCGUGCAGUCGGACCGCGCCCUGCAGGAUUCGGACUCCGCGGCGGCGUCUCGGGGGGUGCUGAAAAGUGGCGUGGUGGCGGUCAUGGUGCUCGGACUCGCUGUGCUCACGCUGGCGUUGGCAGUCGGCGGACGCAAGGCGAUGGAGUCGUUCGACCGGCGGCAUUACACGAGACUGGAGCUCAACGACCUGCACUACGAGGUGUGAGGUCGCUCGGGGCUCAAAGACUUUCAGCGAUUGUUCGUCUGACGAUGGUUCGAUUUGACGCUGGCUGAAAAACGUUGAGCUCUACGAACGUUCACCAAUGACCAUUCCUUAGCCUGGAUCUACGAACGCUCGUUAGCUGGGACGUAUGUACGGGGUCUCAGAAAGGACAGAAAGACUUUCAACGACUGUUCAUCUGAUGAUGUUUGAAUUUCACACAACAGAACGUGUGGUGAACUGAAGAGGCGUUUCUCUGAGAAUAAAACUCUCUUCACGACAUUGACCAGGGCUAACGUAGGUGUUUAAAAAAAUGGGGGGGGGGGUUUAUUGAUAUUCUCUGAGAUAAAAUUGGUGAAUUGAUUAUUUUCGCGGAACCUAUACGAAAACAUCGGCGAGGAAAUAAUCUAAUAUUCUCUGAGAUUAAAGUCACAAAUAUACCAGGAAUAAAACUCUGGUUCUCUUAAUAUCAUUAAAUCUGGAAUAAAACAAAACAUUUAGCAAAAGAAACUUAAACAUUUAAGUCGGUUUUUAAGGACUUGGAAACAUUUUAAUUGGACGAUUUUUUUUCUUUCUCAAAUUGAUUUGAUAUUAUUCUCAGAAGAGUAAAGAGACUUCAAUCCAUGAAUAUUCCCCCCUUCCUCGGUUUGGGAAUUAUCAUCAUUAUUUAACGUCGUACAAUCCUGAUCGGCCGAAGUCUGUGCAUUAUUUUAUAAUAACCCCACAGAAUGUCCUUAGUUAAUUUGCAUGUAUUUAAUUGAGUUUAUUGCCCUCAAAUUACAUAAUUACACAAGACAUUAAAUUUAGCCAGUGGCCGUGGUGUAAGAAGGACAAUGCACUCACAGCAUUUAUCAAACGGUAAACCUAAAACACCAGAGAGGAGAUCAUGUCUCCACGUUUAGCUCGUCCAAAAAAUGCAUCAUAAGACAAAUCAACUUUAAUUCUCUUUUAAAAUCUUUUUUGCACGAUUUACCUGCAGCUGUUUCACAUCUUAUCACAGUCAUGUAUUACAAUAAUUAGAAAACAUCUUAAUUAAUUAAAAUAACUUUGAAACUUUUUUCUGCUCAUUUUUAAUUAUUAUGAAGUAUUUGUUGAUGUGGAGAAACUUGAGGUGGCGAUGAACGAACAAACAUACAAGCAGCAAUGUUUUUAUUCCCUGACUCUCAGGAAGCCUCUGUACAUUAUUGUUGUUGUUGUUAUUAUUGUUGUGUAUAGACACCUGCAUGUAUUUUUACUCACAUGCUUCGACUCUGCACUGUGCUGCCUCUCUGUCCACAGCUCUUUUAUAUGACACUGUAUCCGGGUUAUGGAAGGUUUGAAUCACAUCAGAAAUGGAGCCGAAGCAGGAGAGAAAUUCAGAUGAAAAAAGUCUACAUCUUAGAGAUUACUGUGGUGGUUUUGGGUUGAAGGAAAAAACCAUAUUUUUACUAGAAAUAUCACUGAGGAAAAAAAUGCAAUAUUCUCAGAGACUGAGGUGUGAAAAUAACAAGAGAAAAAGUCAUUGUGAUUUAAAACUGCAGGUAUUCUGAGAAAAGGCCAACAUUUUAAGAGAAAAAACUACAUUUUUUUUAUCCUAAUAUAUUUUCUCUGAGAAAAAUGUGUUACAUUUGAGGAAAAACUAUAUAUUUUCUGUUAUAAACACAUAAUUAUAUUAGAAGAAAUAUAUAAUUUAAUCAAAGACCAUUUUGGGUUUUUCUCAUAGAUUUCUUUUCUCAUAAAAGUCCUUUACAUGUAGUUUAAGGUGACAAGUCUCUGGGAAAAGAAAUUGAGAUUAUUUCUUAAAUUAGAAACUGAAUUUAUCUCAAAGGUAAAAAUUAUAUAAGUACAAAUAGCAAUCGAUAUCCUCCGAGAUAUAGGUGGUAAGGUAAACAAGAAAGAACAAAUAAAUGUUGGGAUAUUCUGUGAGAAAAGAAAUGUCAUUUUCUUAAAAUGUGAAGAAAAACAAAUAAGGGAAAGAAAACACUUAAAAAAUAAUCAUUUAAAAUAAUAACAUUUCUGAGUUUGUUUUUUAGGCAAGUUGUGAAGUUUUAUUCUCAUAAAUGUCCACAUUUUAAAUCUAUGAAACCCGAGGUUUACCCUCUGAAUUUCUCCUCUUCUGGCUCCAUAUUCCCAACUGUUAUGAACCUCUCACUGACCUCACUCUCAGUCAUCUCUAUAUUUCUCACGGCUGCAGACUGCAGUGGGGGGGUGCAGCUCUGGAAUCGAUGCCCUGACUUCCUGUGUUUUUGAUAAAUAUGAUAUGCUUCUUUUUGAGAUUGUUUUUCAUAAGUAAGAGUACACUGGCCGCGCACUAUUUUCCUAAGCUGACGAAGAGGAUGAUGAAGAUGAAGAGUGCACACACUGCUGAUGUUCCUGUUUUUAAUAAUCACGAUGGUGACAGUUUGGUGUCUGUAAAGUGAUCUGCAUACAGUCCAUGUUUUCUCUUGUAAGGAUUAAAAAAAUGUGAUUUUUGAA